CAUUCGUUCGGCUGCCAUCCUCUGCACUUAUCAUUAAUUGGUUUCCCUCACACACCCUCUUAAGGAAAAGUAGGAGAAAGAUGUGUAAACAAGUCACCUGCCCGAACGAUGGUAAACCCACUUGGUGGGGUUGCGGCAAACACGUCGAACAAGCCCUUGCCUCCAUUCCCCCUUCCGAUCGGUGCGACUGUCCUCAUGAGCCUGCUAGCGUUCCGGGGAUGUACGAAGUCAAGAAAAACGGACCUUCUGAGGGGGUGCAGCUGAAGGUCGGGAGGGCUGGCGCGGAUGCGGAGAAGUAAAGCGGUUGGGUUGAUGGGAAGAGCGGUGGGCAGGGGAAUGAAGCAUGGUCGGUCUGUCCAGGGAGAAUACAUUGGAUGGGUGGGUGAGUGGGGGUUACUGGUCGGGUCUGCAGAUUGUUUCCGAGUAAAUUAUCAAAUCAUGAAACCUUGAAACCAUGAAGCUAUGGAGCUAUGAACAUGAAUCUAUGA